AUGGCACAGAUAGAAUUACUCGAAAUGAAACGAAAGUUUGAUGCCUUGAGAGUUGUGGAGACAGAGAAAAAAAUGAUGGUUGCCUUGUUGCAGAGAAAGGAUGAAGACUUAAAAACUCUGAAAAGCUUGCUUGAAAAUGAAAGGAAAGAAAAAAUGACUAUAAUUAAUGAAAAGGAACAUUUUGAAAAAGAGAAAGCAGAAGAAGUAGAAAGAAUUAAUAAAGAAAAUCUUAGAUUAAAAGCUGAGCUUGACAAAUUAAAUGAGAGAAUAAAAUCUAUUCAGUUUGGAGCAGCAGAGCAGUACAUUCAGCUGCAACUUGAAGUUGACAGAUGGAGAGAGGAAUGCAUUCAGUUACACAGUAUUCUAGCAAAGCAAACUGAAGGUUUGAAGAAUGUUGCUAGUAUCAACUAUGAAAGUCAUGUACACUUAAUAAAUGAGGUUGUGGAGCUAGUACUGGAAUUUGAAGCACAGAAGAUAAACAGGCAGCUGGAAGAUGAAUUGCACCAAGAGAAAAAUAAGUGGCAAGCAGAAAGAGAACAACUCCAACAAGAAAAUGAGAAACUCAGAGAGGAGAAUGAUAAUCAGCACAAGCUUUUGCCUCCAAGCUUAACUAAAAGCCCGCAAACUCAAACUGAGGCUUUUAUGCAGCAUGAAAUUAUAAGAGUGACUUCAGAAAAGCUGGUCCUUCAAGAAAAACUAGAUUUAGCUAAAGAGGAACUUUCACAAUGCAAGAACAGCUUAAAAUUGCAAACUGAAGUGCUGAAGGAUGCAGGGUGGAAGUAUAUUUUGAAGACCAAUAAACAGGAUGUUAAAAUUAUUCCAUAUUUUGAGAGGCAUGCCGACUGUCAAAAUGAUUAUGAGAAAGUACGAUUACUCCUGACAACAACUAUCUACACCAUCGAAAAAGUUACUAAGAAAGGCCAUGAUGAUAUUGAUAUAAUGGUUUUGUGGCUUUCAAAUACUGUGAGACUUCUGCAUAAUCUGAAACAGUAUAGUGGAGACAAAACAUUCCAAACUGAAAACACAUCACUACAGAAUGAACAGUGUCUACAGAAUUUUGAUCUCACUGAAUACAGAGAAGUUCUUUCAGAUACAGCUGUAGAAAUCUACCAGAGUCUUGCUGGGCACAUACAAGAAAAGAUACAGCCACUGGUGGUGCCAGCUAUUCUUGAACAUGAAGAAAUAAGUGGCUUGACAAGUCAGAUAGCUAGUGGAAAGAGAGGAAGAGCUGUGUUGUCAUCAUGGGAUUCUGAGCCAUUUUUGGGUGUACAGAAGUCAUUGGAUGCACUCUUGCAGGAACUAAAUUAUAUCUAUAAAAUUAUGGGGAACCAUGGUGUUGACCCAGAACUUACUGUCCAGAUAUUUCGGCAGUAUACUGAUGUGCCAAUCACAUUACAGCCCAUAAUUCAGGCUGCCCACUUGCUACAGGCUCGUAAGCUGGAUGAAGAUGUUCAGCAUGUAUGCAAUAUGUGUGAUAAACUUUCACUGUUGCAGGCCACAUUGCUGAUGGACACAAAAAUCAUGUUCCCAGUAAGAUUUCCUUUUAAUCCAUCAAAAAUCAAGCUUGAAGAUAUAGAAGUACCAGAGGUGUUGAACCUACCAAUGCUAAAAAAAGUUUAA